UUCAAUACGAGGUCCAACACAUCCUCUUCUGUCGACAUCGGUCACAUUAAGUCUCCUAGAGGACAUUCUUGAAAGAAAUGAGAAGGGGAAGAUUGUGACUCAGUUCUACCGAAUGCACCAACGGUUGGAUGCUCAGCACAGGAAACAUUUGGCACACACAGUAGUGGAUUAUUAUAUCGCAAACGAAACCUACUUCCGGAUACCAGAUAUGGCUCGAUUCGCGCAAUGUAUUGCAGAGAAAUUUCCACCAGAGCUCCCAGAAGUGUACUUCAACCCACGGGACGCAACGAUCAAUAAAAAGCAUCCAUCCGGAAUUCUGUAUGAUCGGUUUCACAAUCGAAACAAACAGCAUCUACUGCAAAGCAAACAGGAGAAGAAAAAUCCUAUCGAUAACUGGAAAAUCUUUAAAGCAAAAGCUCUGAUACUGCCGAAGGAAGAAAUCAAAAGGCAAAGUUCCAUUAAAACAUGGCUCCGAAAUAACAAGCAUCCAGCAGAAAAAGUCACGGACCUCUGGCGAGAAUCAUUUUUACUACGCAUGCGGGAAAUUGUGGAGGAGACAGACGUGAAUAAGGCUCACGUAGUGGCUGAGUGGCCAAGACUAACUGAUGAAGACGGCUACCUAUUGAUUGAUGCUGACUUUGAACAAAUUUACCGGUAUGUGGCUACCUCUAACUUUUUCGACGACUGGGAAUGUUUUGUUCCACGCUACUUGGAGUAUAUUGAACUGAACGGCUUGAAGGAUGACUACUCGCGUCAAUUACUAACACAUCUGAAAUCGCAAUCUGUGGCAAAGGACACUCGUGACUUCAUUUGCUGUACCAUUUUCCAUGGUCUCGUUAAGCCUGUCCGUACUUCAUCACGGAAACUGCCAACUAUCCUCCAGGCACAAACUGAAAUGUGCUAUGCUUGUGCGACUGACGAAGAGUUCAUCGAAGCUGUAGAAUCAUUACGAAGCGAACAUUCAAAUGACAUUCCAUUCGCGCCGCGCAUAUUCGUAGUGGGCCAGACGGAUAAACUAACAGGAUUCUACGUAGUAACUUCGAAACUCCAAUACAAACUACCAACUUUUUUGCGGUGUGUGGAUAUAGCAGUGAAAUUGAAAUUCGCCCAUAACUACGACUUUCCAGAAAGCUGUGAGUUGUUCUGGUGUUUUAUCGCAAAACACUUCUACAACAUCAAUUUCUCUCGAAAGGCGAAAAAUAGUCAACUGCUUCAAUUUUUUGCGUACCUGAAAGACUAAAGGCCGGCAGCAUGAAUUGUCACUUAUGCCAAUGCCCGUACGAUUCAAUUCAACACGUCUUCGAUCAUUUGACAAUCCAUCACAGUACUCCAACGACAUUCAAGUACACGUGUACAGCAUGUGUACCAUCAGCUUUAUUCCAGAAUUUGCACCGAUUCAAACGACACGUCAAGGCGAAACAUUCUAAUUUGUUUCAACCGAUUGAUGCUGAUCGAACCAGCCAGCAUC